CUCAACUUUGAUCAGCGCCGUGCUUAGUUCUGCUUAGUUUCCCAAAGUAGAUGUCCACCUUUUCUAAUCCAGUUGGUAAGGAAAAGUCAGAUUGUGCAUACCCCACAAAUAGAGCAAUCGUCAAAUUCGUAGGCUGGGAAUUGGGAUUGAAAUGUUUUCCGAGAAAAGUCAUAUUCUAUCGUGUAGUCAAUCAUACAUAGCAUCUUUUUCAUUGCAUUUUUUCAUCUACGAUUUUCAUGUUAGAGAGGGAUGGGCACCGAUACGACUCCGCCUCAGCUCUUCUUUCUUCUGGUUGUAGUCCUGUUUCAUUGCAUAGCAUGCUUCUCCGAUGCAGGUGAUACCAUUUCGGUAGGUCAGUCCCUUUCAGUGGACGAUACCAGAAUAUCUAAAGGUAGCAAAUUUGAACUCGGAUUUUUCACAGGCCCUGCUUCAAAAAUCUUUCUGGGCUCAUGUCAUAAGAAUUUUGAUGUCAAGGACAUUGUUUGGGUAGCAAAUAGAGAAAACCCGUUGUCCGACCCAUCUUCUUUAAGCCUCCAGUUGUUAGACGAUGGUAAUCUAGUUCUGCUUGAAAGUUCCUCUGAAACACCAUUUUGGUCAACAAAUUUGAUGUAUACCCUUCCUAACUCCACUGAAGCAGUAAUUCUAGACGAUGGAAAUUUUGUUUUAAGAGAUGGCUCGAACCCUUCCACUAUAUUUUGGGAGAGUUUCGACCAUCCGACCAAUGUAUGGUUGCCAGGUGCAAAGCUUGGGAUCGAUAAGAUUACUGGAAAAGCGAAGCAGUUUGUUUCAUGGAAAAGUUCAGAAGAUCCUGCACCAGGUAUGUACUCGUUCGGGUUAGACCCAAGUGGAAGCAGCCAAUUUAUCUUACAGUGGAACAGGUCCCAAGUGUAUUGGAGUACUGGAGUUGGGAAUGAAAAAUCUUUCAGCUUGGCUCCUGAUAUGGUGAUUAAUGAUCUCAACUUCAGUUUUGUGUCAGAUGAAAAGGAAAGCUAUUUGACUUAUUCUGUUCGAAAUAAUUCUUCCAGAUUUAUGUUUGUCCUUGAGCCUUCUGGACAGAUCCAGCUACUGACAUGGUCGGAUGGCCCUUGGAAUUGGACUGAAACUUGGUCUCGACCGGAAAGCCUAUCGGAAGUCUAUGCUUUAUGUGGUAAAUUUGGCGUGUAUCAGGAAAACUUCUCAAACAACCCCUGUGCAUGUCUAGAAGGUUUUGAACGACUUCCAACUGAAGACAAUGUCCAGGAUGAUUGGUCAGGUGGAUGUGUGAGGAAAUCCCCUUUGCAGUGUGAGAAUGGUACGCACGCUAAUGGCAAAAAAGAUUGGUUCCUGAAAAUACCAAACGUCAGAUUGCCUAUUAAUCCAAAAGCAUACCCGGCAGCGAAUGCUAAAAGGUGUGAAUUUGCUUGCAUGAAUGGUUGCUCUUGCCCUGCUUAUGCCCACGACAGCAGCGGAUGUAUGAUAUGGGAAGGAGGGCUUUUGAACUUACAGCAACUUUCAGAUGGUCGCGAGACCGGACAAGAUAUCUAUCUCAGGCUUGCUGCUGAUGAGCGUCAAAGUACCAAACGCAACCGCUGGAAAGUAUGGCUUGUAGCCGUGCUGGUCCCUGCAACAGGGCUAAUUAGCUUAUGCCUCUGCAUUUAUUUUUCACGCAAGGGAAAGCUCAAAGUCCAAGGAGGAGAGGUCCAAGAGAAGGCUACAAGCAUUGAUAUACUGUUAUUUGAUUUUAAUACUGAACUCAGUGGAAUGAAUGAUGCAUCGUACUCAGAAGAUAAUGUGAGGAGAAUAGGGACGAAGGAUGUUGAGUUACCACUAUUCAGUUAUGAGAGUGUGUCAGCUGCCACUAAUAAUUUCUCAACCGAGAAUAAGCUUGGACGAGGAGGUUUUGGACCAGUCUACAAGGGAGAGUUGCUUAAUGGGGAGGAAAUUGCAAUGAAAAUGCUUUCGAAAAGAUCAGGACAGGGGCUUGAGGAAUUCAGAAAUGAGGCAACACUAAUUGCAAAACUCCAGCAUAGAAAUCUUGUCAGACUCCUGGGUUGCUGUAUAGAGCACGAUGAAAAAAUAUUGAUAUACGAGUAUAUGCCCAAUAAGAGUUUGGAUUUCUACCUUUUUGAUGCUGAUCCCAUCAAGAAAAAGAUGCUAGAUUGGGGGACACGCAUGCGCAUUAUUGAAGGGGUUGCUCAAGGGCUUCUUUAUCUUCAUCAAUAUUCAAGGCUACGAAUCAUACAUAGAGAUUUAAAACCCAGUAACAUUCUCUUGGAUGGUGAAAUGAAUCCGAAAAUAUCGGAUUUUGGCAUGGCACGAAUAGUUGGAGAUAAUGCAACACAUGCAGACACAAAUAGGAUCGUUGGAACUUAUGGCUACAUGGCUCCGGAAUAUGCUAUGGAAGGUCGAUACUCAAUAAAGUCUGAUGUGUUUAGCUUCGGAGUACUGUUACUAGAGAUUGUGAGUGGCAAGAAGAAUAAAGGCUUCAAUAGCAACGAGUCAUUCGGUCUUCUCAUAUAUGCUUGGGAGUUGUGGAGAGAAGAUCGAAGUUUAGAAUUGAUGGAUCUUACAAUUGGUUAUCCUCCUUCAACUUCCGAGAUGUUGAGAUUCAUUAACAUCGGGCUUCUUUGUGUUCAAGAGAAACCAGCUGACCGACCUACCAUGAGUGAUGUUGUCUCAAUGAUUAGCAAUCAACAUACACCUCUACCGGUACCCAAGCAACCUGCUUUUACCAUAGGCGGCGGGAGUUCGACGGACACAAAUUCAACAACCAGUAGUGCAGAGAAUUGCUCAAUAAACGAUGUAACUGUUUCGAUUAUGGAAGCUCGAUAACUAUUUUCUUUAUAUUUAUUUUAAGAAAAUUAGGCAUUUUCUAAAAAAAAUGCUAUACAUAUAAAGAAAUUAUAUAAAAAUAAACCCACGUACUGAUCAUACGAAUAUAUUUAUGUUUUA